AUGGAGUCUCAUGAAGAAGACAUCGACGUAAUCGAAUCUUCAGAUAUGCCUAACAUUCAAACAAGAACUCUAGCAACUCUGCAAACACCACUGAUACAUAAACCCAAUGUUAAAGUAAUUAAAAGAAAGAUAAUUGUAAUCCUCUCAGGGUUAGUCCUUAUUAAUAUAGGUAUUUGGGUAGCAACUGCAAUUGCUUUUCGUAAUUUUCCUGCUUUAUUGGGAACAGCUGCGUUAGCAUAUACUUUAGGGCUUCGACAUGCUGUAGACGCAGACCAUUUAGCAGCCAUUGAUAAUGUUACCAGAAAACUUUUACAGUCUGGUCAGCAUUCUGUAUCAGUUGGACUCUUCUUUUCUUUGGGUCAUUCUACUAUUGUCAUAAUUGCAUCUAUCGCUAUUGCCGUGACUGCAACUGUUGUAAAAGAAAAAUUCGGUGAUUUAGAAGCGAUAGGAGGUCUAAUUGGAACAAGUGUUUCAGCAGCUUUUCUAUUUAUUAUUGGAAUUGUAAAUUGUUUUUUACUUGUUUCUAUAUUACGCUCACUUAAAAAAUUAAAGCGUACUGGGGCAUUUGAAGAGGAAAGUAUGGAAGAUAUUUUAAAUAAUUCCGGACUCGUUGGAAGAUUUUUUGGACCAGUUUUUAAAUUCAUUGAUGCCAGUUGGAAAAUGUAUCCACUUGGUGUACUUUUUGGAUUUGGUUUCGAUACCUCUACUGAAGUAGGACUUUUGGGGAUCUCCGCGUUUCAGGCGAAUCAAGGACUUCCUAUUUGGUUAAUUAUGUUCUUUCCAUUACUUUUUACAUCCGGAAUGGCUUUAAUUGAUACAAUUGAUGGUAUAUUAAUGCUAGGGACUUAUACAUGGGCUUAUCUAAAUCCAGUUCGAAAGUUAUAUUAUAAUUUUAUUAUUACAUUGCUCUCUGUUUUAGUGGCUUUCGUUAUUGGUAUAAUAGAACUUUUAAAUAUUAUAGGGGAUAAAUUGGAUCUUCACGGACCAUUUUGGGAUUUCUUUACAGCUCUUGGAGAACAUUUUGGUACCAUAGGUUAUUUGAUAAUUGGUCUAUUUGUUUUCACUUGGAUAAUUGCUAAAAUUGUUUAUUAUUGUGGAGGUUACGAACAAUUAGAACAUAAAUUUGAUCAAAGAAAUAUUGAAGAAUUGGAUAACGAGGAACAAACUGUUAAUAGUUCAUCAAAUCAAGAUAAUAUUAAGGUUGUAGUGGAUUCGGGAAGUAAAAUAUAUUGA